UUGUCGUAAAUAAAAAAUAGAAAAAUUCUUGAUAAUCGUAGUCAAGAAAUUUUAAUCAAAUUUGAAAUUUUCUAUUGUCUAUGUUUGAGAAAACAAUCAAAACAGUUUUGUAAAAUUUUCAGUUAAAAAUAUAAGAAGCACCCAAAAGCAGUAACUCCUCCCUGUGCAUUUUGAGAUAAACAAGUGGCCAACGUCCACGUAUUGUCUGCAUCGGGUGACAAAAAUAUUACCGUUUACAAAUACCGAAAAGACGAUUUGCGAACACUUACUACUAUAACUCAAAAUGGCCGCUACUCGCGACAGAUUCAAUCAACUUAUCAAUGGAUUUAAUCAAAGAUAUGAGCCAUUUGUACGUCAACAUCUAUGCAAAGUUUACAUGAUGUUGGGCUGUACUUCAGCAGCGACAGCAACUGGUGCCUUUCUACAAAUGCAAAACUUAGUCGACUUGGGAGUAAUUGCCGCUUUAAGCUCAUUAUUACUUGUCUUGGGCUUACAUUUUUAUCGUGAUAAUGGCAAAAAUUACUAUCGACGCGUCGGAAUGUUAUAUUCAUUUGGCUUUUGUUCUGGGCAGACCUUGGGACCGUUACUAAAAUACAUUGCCAGCAUUGAUUCGUCGAUUAUAGUAACAGCAUUACUUGGAACGAUCAUAACAUUUGUAUCACUAUCAUUGGCGGCCUUGUUUGCAGAACGUGGUAAAUUUUUAUAUCUGGGUGGUGUAUUGGUUAGUAUUAUCAACACGAUGGCCCUUUUGAGUAUACUAAACAUGUUUUUCCAAUCUUUAUUUGUACAAUUGGGACAACUUUAUAUAGGCGUAUUGGUAAUGGCUGCCUUUGUUCUAUUCGACACUCAAAAUAUUGUCGAAAAAGUACGUGCUGGCAGUACGGAUGUUGUUCAACAUUCAAUGGACCUGUUCUUUGACGUAUUAAGCUUAUUCAGACGUUUGCUCAUCAUUUUAACGCAAAAGGAGGAACGUAAACGUGAAGAAGAGUGCCGCAAGAGACGCUAAUUGAAGAUGAUAUUUAACAAAGGGUGUGGAGUGUUAUAUUUUCCUUGCAUUAUAAUAUAUUGAAAACAAAUGGUUUAAAUAAUUUUUCGGAAUCUUCUUUUUUAAUAUGGAACAUUUGCACACCGAGAUUUGUAAACAGAUCCUUCUGGCAUAUCCUCUGAAUUUGUAUUGUUAAAGAAGAAAUUUUUAGGUCUACACAAAUACACAAAAUUUAUAAACAAAAAAUAAAAAACGCAUUCACUACACAAACAUGCACGCAUAGAAUUAUCGCAAUUUGUAGAGUGUACUCGACCAUUUUGCAAUUCUGUGUAUGUUUACACAAAAAAUUGAUGAACAAGAUGUAUAUGUAGUCAAGGUUACUAUAUGCAAUCAGUUAUUAAAUAGUUAUAAAUAUUACUAAAAACUGCAUAAAAAGCCAAACAAAA